GUUUUGCGGGGGCGGCGCACCGUAGACGCACCCGAGCGAGGGUCAGGCUUUCCGUUCUCCGAGCUACGAGCUGGUAAUCAGUGCCGUUUCGCGGGAGUAGCGGCCAACACGCGAUUCCGCAUCCGAGCCUUAUUCCGCGCGCGCGCGCGCGCACGUAACGCAAUCGCGACGGCUUCGAAUCCUCGAAGAAUCAUCAUAAGAAAUUUGUAUCCUAUCGAUAUCGGAUCCAUAAGAUAUUGUAUAUUACGGAUCGAUAGGAGCUACGUGGGUGCAUUGGUGACAGUGGAGUGUGUUCCUCGGAACCAAAAGGUCCUGGAAAACAUUCUAGAACGUCCUGCUUAAUCGCCGCAGGAUGUUUUGGGACUGGUGAAAGACGCUGGGAAAAACUGGGAUACCGGAAGUGCAGAAGAAAAUUGACAGUGGCUCUGAUAGGAGAAUAUAUCUCGUAAAUCAGUAAGAUCCAGGAUGAUCCUGAGAUGCUGUCCAGGGUCGUGGACCUUUUGAGGACUCUACCGUGAUGCGACGGGAUUCUUUCCUGCCUCUUCGCUAAGUAUGGUAGCGUGUCGAGUUCAGUCGAUAAAGGUAUCAACGUGUCGAGACAUCCAGGGUUAACGAGAGAAUCACUCUUCCGGAUAUACGUUUAUUUUCCCAAGAAGAAUCCUCGAGGAUCCUUCGGUAUAAGAUCAGCUGUACCAACUUGAGAUUAAAAGUGGAGGCCAGAUUGGCCUGUUUCUCGAUGACACUACCCAGGACUAGACUGGUUCGGACAUCAUCAGCGACCCUACACGGUUUGACGUCACUAGGAUCAUAGGUCCGGUCUAAAUGCAUGGCCUGCAGCAGCCGAGGAAUGCACUUCUUCGGUGGACCAUUAGCGUAAAGCAGUACCGGAGAGCCAGGUACUGACCAGGUAUACAGGUAUUCCUAAGAUAAUUAAAGGCUUCGUGCCAUGGAGUCCUAGCUAAGGAAGAUCCGGGAAGAUCGAAAUGAGUAGCGGCGAGGGAGUGGUGAUGCAGGGGACCGGAAGUGGUCUCUCGGAAGACGUUGACAUGGCUACACCAACUUCCGCCUCUUCGAACCUCAAGCCAAGAAGCGGGAAGAUCAGCUUCAGCGUGGACUCGCUCCUGAGCGGUACCAAACGUUCACCAGCCACUCUGACCAGGCGAGAUUCCGACGAGAGGAUCGAGAGGAUGGAUAGAAUCGACGUGGAGAAGACCUUGGACAUGGAGGCCAGGUACAGGGAGCUUCUGGUGGAGCAGCAGCGACUUCAGAGCCGGGAACUCCUGGCCAGACUGAGUCCUCACGGCCUGGGUCCAUUCGCCAAUCAUCAACGAGCCGACCUGGCCGAUCCACGUCAGGUCGAAAGAAGGGAGAUCCUUACCGUUAAGGAUUUCUCUAGAUCGAGUCAGGAUAAGUCUUCCUCACCGAUCAGGAUCGACCUGGAGCAGAGGGAUCGCGGCACAGGAUCGCCGAGUAGGAUGAGCGAGUUUCAGAAAGAGCGACAGGAAGAGGAGAGAAUCGUAAAUCGGUCUGUAUCGCCGAUCCGACGAGAAUUCGACGAGAGGAGCGACUCCGAGGCGAACAGAUCCUUGGAGGGCGACAGGACGACGGACCACCUGGACGAGGAUCAAGAAAUAAGGAGCGUCGGCCACUCGGAGGAUCUUAAUGUGAUGGACUCGGACUGCGAACUGGAGAAGGACCUGGACUCCAGUCAGGAGAAGGAGAAAUCAAGCCCAGUAGUGCCUCAACCGAUACACCCUGGAGUGCAGAGGCCUUCAGGAGCGUACCUUGGGGCCCCUGGGGGUCCCGGAUGGAAUCCUGCAGGAUUUCCGCAUUCCUUGGCAGGGUUCGCAUGGCUGCCCCCACCUCCGCAUCCGCACAAUCCUCACGGACACCUAUACCCACCUCACGGUGGUCCUACCAGUCCUAAUGGCGAUUUAAGGUUACCAGGACCUGGACCGGGGCCGGUAAGAUGCACCCUCAGGAAGCAUAAACCUAAUCGAAAGCCCAGAACGCCUUUUACGACUCAACAGCUCUUAUCGCUUGAGAAAAAAUUUCGCGAGAAGCAAUAUCUGACGAUAGCGGAGAGAGCGGAAUUCUCGUCGUCGCUUCAUCUCACGGAAACGCAGGUGAAAAUAUGGUUCCAAAAUAGACGCGCGAAGGCGAAAAGACUGCAAGAGGCCGAGAUCGAGAAGCUGAGGUUAUCCGCGAGGCCACUGUUGCACCCGAGUUUUGGUUCGGGGCUGAUGUUCUCCGGAGUGGGGCCCCCUGGUACCCCAGGAGUGCCCCCCUUCAUUGCGGCCGCCAUGGCAAGGCACACCCAUGCCGCGGCAGCGGCAGCCAUGUUCAUGGGGCCCCCUGGACACAGACCUUAGGAAUAUCCAGGACCGAAAGUCACUCAUGAAUUCAACGUGGAAAACACAGGGCCCCCGGCUGACGGGGCCCGAGAGCAGCCGGGAUUCAAUUUCGAAUUGAGCAACCAGCCCACCGAUCGUAUAGCAGUAUUCCCGUGCAAUCAAUCAUCCGUCAUCAUUAUUGGAUCCAUGGAUUCAAGCGGAUUCAACAGUCCUUUCGAGUACGAGGAUUAAGGAAGACAAAAAUUCAUUAUCGGUUUACGGAUUCGUCAGUACGUUGGGAUGCGAACUGAGGAUAAAAGCUAUUGAUUUUUUUUUUUUGAAAAAAAAAAAAAAAAAAAAAAAU